AUGCAACAAUCAACACGACGGCGGCCGGCGCGGCGGAGCGCUCUCGUUAUCGCCCUCUGUGUAACGAGCGCCGCAGCAUCAAGCUGGGGCUCGGCCACCGGCGGCAACCCUCAACAACCGCCGCAAGGAGGAUGGCCGCAGCAGCAGCAAAACCAACAACAGACACCGUACCAGACGACGCCCUGGGGCCAGCAGCAGGACCAGCAGUGGUACCAGCCCGGCUACCCCCCCGACAACCGAGGACAGCAGCAGCAGGACUGGCCCGGGAAGGCCGAGUGGGAGGAGGAGCAAAGGAAAGCAAGGGAAGAGCAGGAAAAGCAGCAGAACAGAGAGAGAUCGAUGUGGACGCUCAAACAAAGGUUCCCGGGCGAGUCCCAGAAGACCUUGGAACGGUUUCUGACGGCUCGCAAGGACGACGCCGACGCCGCCUCGGAGAUGCUCGGGGCGUCACUGCGCUGGCGCCGCGCGUAUGGCUUUCCCGUGGAGCCCACGCAGAUCGCUCAUCAGCUAGCUCAGGGUACGAUCUUCUCGAGGGGCAAGGACUAUGAAGGACGACCAGUCAUCUAUCACAUCGGUCCGGGCGUGCCGCCCGGCGCGACGCCCCAGCAAAUCGCCUUAGCCGUGCGCGCGGCGGUCUACUGGAUGGACGAAGCUACAGCGAGAUCGCCUGAUGGGAAAGUCACUGUUGUUAUUGUCAGAGAUCCUUCCGCUCCCAGAGGUGGUAGAUUAGCUUAUCCUAGAGAACUGGCAAAAAUCCUGGAGUUGAACUUCCCGGAGGCUUUGGCGAAGGCGUGCGUCGUGCCCGCGGAUGGCUUGUUCAGAGGUCUCUGGGGCGUCGCGUCGCGGUUCGUCGAUGAAAAGACGCGCCAAAAAAUCAACCUGCUCGCUGAUCAACGCGAAUUACUACGAUUCGUGCCCUACCAGGAACUACUCCAGUCGCUGGGCGGGGGCAACGCCUACCGCUUCGCCUUAGGUGAUGUGAAGGGCAUCCCCAAAGAAUGGGCCGACUACCACGCGCAGCUCCAGUCGCAACAGUUCCAGCAGCCUUCGUGGGGGGCGCAGCCGCAGCGGGCCCUGCCGCCUUCAUCGGGCUGGCAGCCUGGUCAGCAGGCGCCGCCGGCGCGGCCGGGCGCGCCGCCGCCGGGGCCGCCGGGCGCCAGGCCCGGGUACGGUGGACCGCCGGCGGGACAGUACGGCGCGCCUGGCGCGCCGCCGCCUGCCGGGCCUCCGGGCGGGCCGCCGCCGCCGCCGGGGCAGUACGGGGCGCCUCCCGGAGCACCGCCUCCGGGCGGGCCGCCGGGCGCGCCGCCGCAGCAGUACAGCGGCGCGAUGCCCGGCUACGGCGGCGGCGCCGCGGGCACGCCGCCCGCCGGGCCGCCCGGGCCGGCGCCGACGGCAGACGCGCCGCCGCCGCAGGACCUCUCGGAGAAGCUGCGGAACUUCGAGGGGGGUAGCUGGUAA